AUUUUCGCGUUGUUCAGAAGAGGACCAGAGAGACCUGGAGACCGAUUACCUUUAUCCCGAAGCAUUAACAUCGCCUUUGGGAUUAAGGGUGAUCACGGCCAACGUUAGAAGCAUUCGUAACAAAUUAGAUGACAUUGAACUCCUUGUAGAGGAACAACAUCCUGACCUGCUUGCUUUCACGGAAACGUGGUUAACCCCAGAGAUCGCUGAUUCUGAGAUCCAGCUUCCAGGUUACCUCCUAACCCGGUCCGAUCGUCCCGAACACCGAACUGGUGGCGGUGUCAUCCUUUACUGGAAAGCGGAACUUCGUGUCCACUCGAUAGUAACCAACUGCGAUGCUGACAACGGAAUUGAAACCCUAUGGUGCCGCGUCAACAAUGGGUGCAAAUCAGUUACAGUUGGCGUCAUCUAUAGAAGCCCGUCUGCUCAAGGAACUGAGCUUGAGCUACUAGAUCAACUUCGAUGUCACGGGAGAGGCAGAGACUGUCUGAUUGUCGGUGACUUUAAUGCGCCCGCUAUUGAAUGGGACAGCCUCCACUGUAACCUAGAUCAAGGAACUUUCGAUGCCCAACUGCUUGAUACAAUCCUCGACUGCAAUUUGACCCAGCAUGUCAUGUCUCCAACCCGUAUGUUUCCUGGUCAAACCUCAAACAUCCUGGAUCUUGUUUUAACAGCGUCCCCAACUGACAUCGACAAAUUGCAAUGUUCGCUGCCAAUCGGGAGAAGUGAUCACUGUACAAUUUCCUUUCACUGGAGCGGUUGUGCAUCAAUUAACGAUUCUGGUAGACCUCGUCGAAAUUAUUGGCGUACAAAUCAACCCACUCUUCAGGAAGCUGCUGCUCAAACAGACUGGAGUAUUCCGUCUCAUCUCGAACUCGAAGAUGCCUGGACCCUGUUUCGUUCCAAACUUGAACUUCUUGUGGAGGAGCAUGUGCCAAUUUCUCGGAAACGAACCUUCACCAAAGGUCCUCCUUGGUUUGAUGGUGAACUAAGACUCUUGCUGAAAAGUCGUCGUAAACUAUGGGAUCGAUUCAAACUGUCUCAAUCUCCCGUGGACUAUGAUCGCUACAAAAUAGUUCGAAAUCGGUGCACACAAAUGAAGCGGAAAAAACGAACCGAAUAUGAACUGCGUCUGGCGGAGACAUCCAAGACUUCCCCAAAGCUCCUGUUCGCUUAUUUGAAGAGAAGGACCAAGGCAGGAAGCGGCAUACCUACCCUUCGUUCCCCGGGUUCUGAGGAUCUCCUUCUCCAGGAUGCCGAAAAAGCUGAAUCACUCGGCUCACAAUACGCCUCUGUGUAUACCGUCGAGCCGCAGAUCCUGGAUUCCCAUAUUCCUGUUCCUGACUCAGGCUUCCACCAUCUUGUAUUUGAGCGAGAAAAUGUUAUGAAAGCACUUCUGGAGUUACGGCCGGACUCCUCUCCUGGGCCAGAUGAGAUGCACCCAGCUUUCCUCAGAACUAUUGUCGAGCAUAUUGCAGAACCCGUCCGACACAUACUCCAGCUUUCUUUGGAAACCGGACGUCUACCUGUCGACUGGAAAAUCGGCACAGUCAAACCAAUAUUCAAGGGAGGAGCUCGCCAUGAUCCGACAAAUUACAGACCCAUAUGUCUGACCUCGAUCGUUUGUAAGGUCAUGGAAAAACUACUAAAGCGGGCUCUACAAAAUCACCUGAACGAGCUUGACGUGCUAACUGCUGCUCAGCAUGGUUUCCAGAAAGGACGUUCCUGUGUAUCGAAUCUCUUAGUAGCCAGAGAGAAGUGGGUAGCUGCCGUCGACGCUGGGUUGGUGUAACUGGGAAGAUCUUAUCCUGGAUUGCUGACUUUCUGGAAGGACGUUAUAUGCGAGUGAAAGUCAACGACGCAUACUCAGCGCCUGUGCUUAUGUCUAGUGGAGUGCCACAAGGAUCGGUCCUUGGACCCGAACUCUUCAAGCUCUAUGUCAACGAUCUCCCGCAAGAACUGAACAUUGAGUGUUUACUGUACGCGGAUGAUUUAAAACUUUGGGCUGAAGUUACUAGCGUCGAGGAUGCUGACCGUUUCCAAGACGUGUUAGAUAGGCUCCAAAGUUGGACGGAAAAAUGGCUGCUUCCAAUAAACCAUGCCAAAUGUU